CAAUCUUGCAAAAUUAUGCAAAAAAGUACUUGGACUAGUGGGCAUACAUCAACUGUUAUUUCACUAGACGUGAACAAAGAAGGUGUUGUAGCUUCAGGUGGUGAAGGAGAACUUAAUGUCUGGUCAAAAGAUGGGUCAUCUCAUAACAAACUUUUAUGUCCUUCGCCAUCGACCCAGCUGGAUGAUUCGAAAGACAUCAAUGGUGUCUGCUUUUGCGUGAAAAAUCCAGAACGUUUAUACGCAUCAUGUAGGAACAAAGUGUUUGGUUAUGAUCUCAGAAAUCCGUCAUCAACUGUUUGUGAAUUUGAAUUUAACCAAGAUGAAAUUAACCAGGUAGCUAUUCACUACAAGGGCGGUUUUCUUGCCGCGUGCGAUGACAGCGGUGACAUUAAAGUGAUUGACGUGCUAUCAGGAAGGUUGUUCAAGACACUGCGUGGUAGAAAUGAUAACAUAUGCUCAACAGUUCAGUUCAGGCCCAACAGACCGUGGGAAAUACUGUCUGGGUCUAUGGAUUACAGAAUUAUCAGUUGGGAUUUCUCAUCCGGGAGAGCACUUCAGGAACUCGAUGUCCAAGAGCUAGAUGAGGACAGCAAUCAAGGGGCUUAUUUCCUGAACCCACCUUUUGUGCACUCAGUUCAUAUGGCAGGAGAUGGGAGGAUGUUUGCAGCUGGACUAGGUAGUGGCAACAUCCAACUCUUCAGGUUUGAAGGCAAGAAAAAAUUUAUUCCUGAUGAGUGUCUAAAAAAGCAUUCUUCCAGUGUAACACAGGUCCACUUUGCUAGAUUUCACCCAAACAACUUAUUGGUGUCAGGUGGAGAUGACAGUAGGAUUGUUACUUGGAAUUUAUGUGGUAGUACAUGCAAUGGUGCCUCAGAGCCCAAUCUUGAGGCAAAUGCAAGUGCUGUUGGUAUUGCCCAUGAAAUUAACCAUGGAUCCAAGAUAAACUGGAUAGCAUCUGGUUCACAAAGAGAGAGUAUAUUUGUGGCUGAUGUAACGAGUGACAUCUCAGUGUACCAUGUAUCAUGACAACCAUUGUCAACAGAUAAGAGUAUGUUAGGUGGAUCAGUGCCAUGUUGGACAUAAAACAAGAAGACUACCGGUAUAUAAGGGUGACACAAUUACCAGUAACCUUGUAGUUUUCAUCAUUGCCCCUUCAUUAACAACACUCAAAUGACAAUGGUAGGAGACAAACCAGUCGGCUGUUUACAAGCACAGUAGAGCAGUUGAACAAGGGAUUAGCCAGAAACAAAUCCAUCAAGUGGACAGAGUGGGACGUGAACCCUGGACCUUCAUUUGCCCAUGCUGCUAUCUCCAGGGAAAGUUCAAGCUGUUGGACAGCUGCCACUCAUCAUUCUCUUUGAUAAUACUCUCCCUCUUAACUCCCAAUUAAUUAUUCUCUCAACUGACUGCCAAAAUUUCUAUGUAAACUAGACAGGAGAAUUCCAUUUUUAAACAAGGUAACACCCUUAAGCUGACAAGAUUUUCUGUUCUCAUAAGAUGUUUGCCAGUUGAUGUAUUGCAACUGCAAUAAAGUGGCAAGGGAAUCACUUCUAGGAGUUAAAAUUUAAA